CCAGAGGAUGUCUGUCACGCUGGGCUUGAGCGUAUAAGUCCCUGUAGCCUGCCUGGUUUAGACACGGAACAAAUAUAGGUGAAUCGGCCACCGCAGCAGGUCGCUGGCGCUUCGCCAUCAGCUUCACUCUUCUGAGAUCUCCUCUCCACCCACCGCCAGCCGCCACCGCCUUCAAAUCCCGGCCUCCUCCUUCUGGAUCUCGAGAUAAUCAUGAAGGAUCCAGGCGAAGGAGAUGCACUCGUGGGCAGGGCGGCGGUGCGGGAGCUGCCGCUGAGCCAGAAGGCGAUCAAGGUGCUCGGCAAUGUCUGCUUCUCCGCCUUCGUCCUCUUCGUCCUCGUCUUCACCGUUGUCGCCAUCACCUACCAGCCCCCUGACCCAUGGUUCGACUCCCCCAAAGCAAUCAUCUCCAAGUCCCUAGCUGCCACCCUCCCCAACGCCACCUUCCGCACUGACGACUCCGUCCUCCGGACCGGCGAAGACCUUGCCCCUUCCCCCUCCCCCAAGAACGCCACAGCCUCGCCCGAUGCUUCCGACAACUCUACUGAUACCUCCGACAUCGCCCCCACUUCUUCUGACCCCGCUGACAACGCUUCCACCCCUGAUGACACCGACAACGUUUCUACCCCAGAUCCCGCCGACAACGCUUCUACCCCUGAUGCGGCCGAUAACGCCACCUCCGCCCUCGUCCCUACGCUUCCGCCACCCUCCACCGACUGCAAGUCCGACGCCCCAAUCAACUGCUCUGACCCGCGCGCAUUGGCUGCUAUCCGACGGUUCAACGCCCGGGUCUUCCGCCGCUCCAUCAUCUUUCUCAACUACGAGAAAUCCGUCCCGGGAUCUGUCACCGGGGAGUGCGACGCCUCCUGGCGCUUCCGCAACCGACGCGAGAAGUCGUGGCGUCGGUACAGGGACUACCGCCGGUUCCACCUCGCCAUCGCCGACAACUGCAGCUACGUGGUCGUCUCUGCCGGGAAGUUCCACUCCGGUUCCAAUGCAGCCCCUAAGCCCCUUCCUUCUCCUCGCCGCUCCUCUUCCCCUGCCCCACCCACCCAGAUCCCGGACGCCGAGAUCAAUGACACCAUCCCGACUCUCGGAUCCGAGUCGGAUUUCCGAAAGGGCAAGUAUCUCUACUACACGCGCGGCGGCGACUACUGCAAGGGGAUGAAUCAGUACUUGUGGAGCUUCCUCUGCGGCCUCGGCGAGGCCCAGUUCUUGAAUCGAACGUUCGUGCUGGAUCUCAACAUUUGCCUCCCCGCCACGUACAAUCCCAGUGGGCGGAACGAUGAGAGCAAGGAUUUUAGAUACUACUUCGAUUUCGAGCACCUCAAGGAGUCAGCUUCGGUGGUGGAGGAGAGUGAAUUCUUGAGAGACUGGCGACGGUGGGAGAAGGCCUCCGGCCAAAAGCGCGGCGCAAAGAUCACGGUCCGAAAGGUGCCCACCUACAAGGUCACUCCAAUGCAGCUCCAGAAGGACAAGAGCGCUAUCAUCUGGAGGCAAUUCGAGGGGGCCGAGCCCGAGAAUUACUGGUACCGUGUGUGCGAGGGGAGCGCCGCUAAGUCCAUCCAGCGGCCAUGGCAUUCCAUUUGGAAAUCCAAGCGACUGAUGAACAUUGUGUCGCAGAUCGCAGGAAGAAUGGAUUGGGACUAUGAUGCUGUCCAUGUGAUCAGGGGAGAGAAGGCCAGGAACAAGCAGCUCUGGCCCAAUCUGGACACAGAUACCUCCCCCGAGGCUCUUGCGCAGAAGCUAACAAAGAUGAUUCGUGAAUGGAGAAACCUCUACGUUGCCACAAACGAACCAUUCUACAACUAUUUUGAUAAGCUGCGAUCGCACUACAAGGUGCAUUUGCUUGACGAUUACAAGGAUUUAUGGGGGAGCAGAAGCGAAUGGUAUAACGAGACAAUGUCUCUCAACAAUGGGCGGCCUGUUGAGUUUGAUGGGUACAUGAGGGUGGCAGUGGACACUGAGGUGCUGUAUAGAGCAAAAAAUCGAGUAGAGACGUUCAACAACUUGACGAGGGAUUGUAAGGAUGGUAUCAACACAUGCUAGCACCACUUGAGCAGGAAUGGAGGCUGAGGAGUAUGCAGAUAUUAUUCGCGCUUGCGUAUGCUUUUCAGGUACUUGUUGAAAUUCUUGUCGUGUGAGCAUAAUUGAUCUGUAUCCUUUCAUAUUUCCCCCAUCGCCAUCUUGAUUAUUUUGCUAUGUCUUUUUGUUGGUUAAUAGAUUUAUCAUUUAUUGAUCAGUGGUUACUGUCCUAAUCAAAUUCAUCAUGUUUACUCUUA